AUGGGGAGGGCGCCGUGCUGCGAGAAGGUGGGGUUGAAGCAAGGAAGGUGGACGGCGGAGGAGGAUGACUUACUCACGAAAUACAUUGCUCAGCACGGCGAGGGCUCAUGGAGGUCUCUGCCCAAGAAUGCAGGGCUGCUGAGGUGUGGCAAGAGCUGCAGGCUACGGUGGCUCAACUACCUGAGCGACGGCGUGAAGAGGGGCAACUUCUCUAAAGAGGAGGAUAAUCUCAUUGUCAAGCUCCAUGCCACCCUUGGCAGCAGGUGGUCGGUGAUCGCCAGCUACCUGCCAGGGCGGACUGACAACGAGAUCAAGAACUACUGGAAUGCGCAUCUCAGCCGGCAGAUCUACAACUUCCGGCACGUGUACGCCGCGAUUAGCGAAACCACUGUAACCAUCGAUGUCGACAAGCUUUCCGCCACUACCAAGCGCCGAGGCGGCAAGGCGCCCAGGAGCACCACGAAGAUGCAGCCCGUGCCUAAGCCCACCAAGUCCAAGGAAGGCUCAAGCCCAGUCAACACCAUAUCGACAACAUCAAGCCAGGCCGGCCCAGACCGGGACCAGCAACCCAUCAACAACAUGACUUGUGGUGUGCCCUGCAGCGAGGAGGCCAUGGUCAUGGACCCCGUAGAUCAGAAUGGUAUGGUCCAACUCAUGGAGACCAACUGCUCAGAUGACUCGGUGAAUCAGAUUGGGGUUUUUGAGGAGGAAAGCGAGAUGGAGGCCCUGCUUUCAUGCAUCGACGACGACAUGCCGGUUAGUGUGCUUACUGGCAUCGAGCAGGGAGGCCACUCUCCUCGGGUGGAGGAUCUGCUCGACAUGGACUGGGAAGGUUUUGCGUCCCACCUAUGGGACCAGCGAUCCCAGAGUGAUCUGCUCUAGACCGCUGAGCCGCAGGCAAUGACCGGCUCCGAGUCAGACGAUCUCGAGUCGUUUGUCAGUUGGCUCCUCUCCGACCAUGCAUGACAAGAGAAUCAAUCUAGAACAUCCCAAAGAGGAAGAUGAAUGGCAAUGGCACCGAUGGGGAGGGUCCUUCGACAAUGGAUCAUGGACCAACAACGACGAGCUAUGUUUUAGUAUAACCUAGCUAAGAUAUUAGGAAAACAAGCUACACUAGCUAGGAUCGAGCAGGAACCAGAGGAGGUUUCACUCGAUGACAGUGGCGGUCACCUCUCGUGUGUUCCUGAAUAUAAACCAUGAAAACAGUCUCAUGGUUUGGU